AUGGCAAAGAAAAAGAAUGAUGACAUGACGACGACGGCGAUGGCUAUACCGCCGAACGUGGUGCAGUAUAAAGGUGUGAGAAAGAGGCCAUGGGGGACAUAUGGAGCUGAGAAUACAAAUCCCAUCCAGAAGGUACGUGUCUGGCUUGGUACGUUCAAAACAUCGGAAGAAGCUGCAGCGGCCUUUGAUACGGCGGCAAGGAUGUAUCACGGCCCUAAAGCCAAACUUAAUUUCCCGCUGACAAAUGAGGAUAACCUCAAAAAUGCUAAUAAUUUAGAAACUGAAUCAUGUCUUCUUCUAUGUAUCGUUUUCUGUAUUUUGUUUUACAAUAUAGAAUUAUGA